AUGCCCGCCUCUUCCGAGCCGCUGCUGCCCACCUCCAACCAGCCGGAGAGCCUAACGCCCGCGCCGCAUGGCCAGGACGGCGAGCCGCAGCUCUGGCGGCUAAAGAUGCUGCGGCCGGCGCCUAGCACCGCCGAUGAGGACGCGCUCGGUGGCGGCUUUGGAGGAGCUUCGUCGUCGCUGGGCGGCGGUGGCAGCGGCGGGCAGCAGCGCUGCUUCGCCGGCGCGGAGCUCCUCUCUGCGGCGCUGCAGGCGCUGCCCAUCACCCUCUUCAACCUGGCGCAGUCAUAUGCGUUCGCUCAGCUCGUGUGCGUCGACUCGGAGCUCGAGCCGGCACUGGUGGCGGCGAUGCACCUGACCGGGCUGGUGACGGUGCAGGCGCGCCUCUCGUGCAGCUCCGCCGUCCCGCACUACGCCGUCGCCUCUGCGGACGUCACCAUCGCCCUCCUCUGCCACCGGCUCGUCUCGUCCGUCUAUGCAGCUCUCGGCACUCACACUGCGGCCGCGGCGGCGACGGCGCGGGCAACCUCGCUGCUGGCGGUCGGGCUGGCCUCGCUGUCGCAGGGCGCGAUGUACUACGCCGUCGGCCGCGCGCGCGCCGCCGAGAUUGUCCUCUUCCUCCCUUACCCUCUGCUCGCCGGGCUGCUGGCGGUGACCGGGGCGAUGGCGACGCUUGGCGCCGUCGCCGUGUCCACCGGCAUCAGCGUGCACGACGCCCGCUCGCUGCAGCACGCGCUGCGCGACGGCGGCGCCCAGCUCGCCUCGGCCGCCGGCGCUCGCACCGCCGCACCUCGCCGCACGACCCUCCUUGGGGUGGGCGGGCGCACGGUUGGCGGACACUGUCACCUCUAG